AUGGCAGCCCCUGAAGGCGCCGCCCACGGCAGUGCCUUCCGUACAACAUGGCCGCCUACAGAGAGCUCAUCGCCCCUCCCGCCCGGCCACCGGAAGUUUCCGUUUGAAACGGCGGCAGACCCGGUCUGCGGUACGGCAGUUAUUGCCGAGCAUCUUUUGAACCAGAGCGACGAGGCCUGCGGACAGGAGCAACAGGCGUCUGGGCCCCAGCCGUGCCGCCUCGUUACGAUGACCAGCGUGGUCAAGACAGUGUACACCAUGCAGCCCCACUCUGUGCUGAGCAGCGGCCUGUCCGCAGAUGCACAAACUCGAGCCACUUCUAAGAGCCUAUUACCUGUUAGGUCCAAAGAAGUCGAUGUUUCUCGACCUCACUCAGGAGAUUCAGAAAAUGAUGUUACAAAAAUCAUCAAACCAAGACGAGACAAUGGGCCCCUGAGAGCUACAGACACUGCCACCAGGAGGAACAUCAGGAAGAGCUAUAAGCCACUGAGUAAAGAGAAAUCAGAGGAAGAGCUCAAGGAUAAGAACCAGCUCUUAGAGGCUGUCAACAAGCAGUUGCACCAGAAGUUGAUUGAAACUCAGGGAGAGCUGAAGGACUUGACCCAAAAAGUGGAGCUGCUGGAGAAGUUUCAGGCCAGCUGUUUGGCAAUUUUGGAGAGCAAGGGCCUCAACCCAGCUGCUGUUAGAAACUUUGCAAGAUGAACUGAAGCUUUUUAAUGAAACAGCCAAAAAGCAGAUGGAGGAGUUACAGGACUUAAAGGUAAAGUUGAAGAUAAAAGAAGAAGAGAGGGCCCAGUUCCUAGAACAACAGACCUUAUGUAACAGUCAAAUAAAUGAUU